AUGGCGACCCUAGGAGCAUGGAGUAAGAAGCAUAAGGUGACGGUGGUUGGAUCUGGUAACUGGGGCUGUACCAUUGCAAAAAUUGUAGCUGAGAAUACAAAACAACAUUCCGAUCUAUUCGAGGAGGAGGUUCAGAUGUGGGUUUAUGAGGAGGAAGUUACCAUACCAAAAGACUCGAAACACUACGACGCCUCCAAUCAUUCGCCUCAAAAGCUUACUUCGAUUAUCAACAAAUACCACGAGAAUGUGAAAUAUCUGCCAAACAUUCAGCUUCCAACCAAUCUCAUCGCCAACCCUUCUGUCGAAGAUGCAGUUGCGAACUCUUCGGUUUUGAUUUUCAAUCUUCCUCAUCAAUUCAUCGGUCGCAUUACAAAACAACUCCAAGGACAUAUCCUACCAUUCGCGCGUGGAAUUUCUUGUAUCAAGGGUGUGAAUGUAACAGCCUCAGAGAUCAGUCUUUUCAGUGAAUGGAUCGGUGAAGGAUUAGGAAUAUACUGUGGAGCACUUUCAGGUGCUAACAUUGCCAAUGAGAUUGCAAUGGAGAAAUGGUGUGAAACUACGAUUGCAUAUGAUCCUCCCUCAAUGGACUCGCGUGCCACAACUCCAGCUGGACCAUCCCCAUCAAGCUCUCAAGUCAAUCUCACCAUUACACCUGCAGAUGAGGAACAUAAAGAUGUCAAGGGAAGAGUCAGCAAGACAAAGUUGAAGGCCGUACCAUCGGAAUAUCCGCCAAUGGAUCACGCCUUAUUCAAGACAUUAUUCCAUCGUCCCUACUUCCAUGUUCAGAUGGUUUCCGAUGUAGCAGGUGUCUCUCUUGGUGGAGCUCUUAAGAACAUCGUCGCACUAGCUGCGGGUUUCGUUGAAGGACGUGGUUGGGGAGACAAUGCAAAGGCGGCUGUUAUGCGGGUGGGCCUCCUUGAAAUGGUUAAAUUCGGCAAGGAAUUCUUUGGAGAAACUGUCCAUGGUGGUACUUUCACCGAACAAAGUGCUGGAGUUGCCGAUUUAAUUACAAGUUGCAGUGGAGGACGAAACUUCAGAUGUGCGAAGAUGGCAAUUGAAAGAGGAGUGACAGUCGAUGAAGUUGAGAACACGGAAUUGAAUGGACAAAAGUUACAAGGAACUAGUACUGCAAAAGAGGUCAAUGAGUUUUUGAAGUCUAGAGGAAAGGAGGGCGAAUACCCAUUAUUUACUGCUGUCAUUAAUAUUUUGGAGGGCAGAAACACUGUCGAUGAUAUCCCGGACUUGUUGGCCAAGUCGGAUGAGUGA